AUGGAGAAUUCUUUCUUUCAAUUAUCAUCCAGUGCUUCCCAAUAUGAAGAUUCCAACCACGAACUAGGCAUUGACGAAGAGCAGCAUAUACUCGAGAGCGUCAAUUACGGCCUAAAGGACCGUCUCACCAAAGCCUUUCAGAUCCACCAGUCGGCUCUGAGCACAAAGGCAUCGAGAUGGGCAAGAUCUUUCGUUUCAUUCUUGUUACCAAGUUUCAUUCAUGGCUCCGAGGCCCAUGAAUGUCGCCCUUUCACGUCUUCGCUUGACGGUCUGAGAGGGUAUGCCGCUCUUGCUGUCAUGAACUACCACAUUCUCUACGCCUACCAGGCUAUCGUUUUCUACGGCUAUGGUCUAUCCCAAGAAGCACUCGCAAGUUCAUGUGCGCGACCUGAGGAUUCCCAUGCUAAAACCAAUUGGAUCAUCCAACUUCCAAUUAUACGACUACCCUUCACAGGGACAUGGGCAAUCUCGGUUUUCUACGUUAUGUCCGGCUUUCCUCUGUCUUACAAGCCCCUAAAGGAAUCGCGGGAAUAUCCUCUGGGGUUUGCUAAAGGUGCAGCCGCAGUGGUCUCGAGCUUUCUCCGCCGCCCCAUUCGACUGUUUGGCCCACCCGUUUUAUUCACCUUCAUUACAAUGCUCGGUCUUCAGUUGGGAGCAUUCAAGAGCUCUCAGGCAAUCUCAGAGAGCUCAGGCGGGGUUUGGGCAGCACAGCGUCAGGUGGAGGAACUACCGACUAAACCUCCGAAUGCCGUGCAGCUUGCAUUUAUUCCAUAA